AUGAGUCUCGCUAAGACCCAGAAAUCUCCCCUGGCAAGACUCUACAAGAAAAUUUCCUCGAGAAAAUCAGAUUCGUCCGUAAAACUUCACGAGGACGUAGAAGAUGACGCCAGAAUCAGCAGCAGCAGCAGCAGUGGAAGCAGCUCGUUAAACGUCGACGAGCUAAGAACCGUGUUCGACUAUAUAGAUGCAAACUCGGACGGGAAAAUCUCCGGAACGGAGCUGCAGAGCUGCGUUAGCCUCUUGGGCGGCGCGUUGUCUUCGCGCGAGGCGGAGGAGGUCGUGAAAAUUUCAGACGUCGACGGAGACGGGUUUAUCGAUUUUGCGGAGUUUUUGAAGCUGAUGGAAGGAGAAGAAGACGGUAGUGGCGAGGAGAGGCGGAGGGAGCUGAGAGCGGCGUUUGGGAUGUAUGUGACGGAGGGGGAAGAGUUUAUCACGGCGGCGAGUUUGCGGAGGACGCUGAGUCGACUCGGCGAGUCGUGUACGGUUGAUGCGUGUAAAGUGAUGAUUCGUGGAUUUGAUCAAAACGAUGAUGGGGUUCUCAGCUUCGACGAGUUUGUUAUGAUGAUGCGCUGA